AUGUUUACACUGAAAUCCUAUCUGGAAAAGCUGUCCAAUCCCAUAGGUGGUGCUGAAGUCAAGAUCAAAUAUGGGCAGACUUCCUAUAACAGCAUUCGUAUCUGCAAUACGGAUAUUGCAUGGACCUACGUGGGUGUGACCCAUGAGUAUGUCAUGUCAAACACUCCCAAUACGGAAACCGUAGUGAUUCCGUAUAAGACUGCGGCGGAUACUUUCAUUCUUCAUGAUCUCUCUAACUUUGACUACGAAAAGAAAAAGAAGCGGUGGGCUCUCGAUGCUCAGCUGCUCUAUCAGGACUUGGUGAACAAUCCUACCAAUACCCGAUCAGCUUUCUAUCUGGCACAGUCGUAUGAUUGCUUGGAUGAUUUAGUAAAUGCCUACAAGUACUACAAUCUGAGAUACGAAAUGGGUGGUUGGUAUGAAGAACGCUAUGAAUCGCUUGUGAGAAUGGGUGGACUAUUAGAGCGAAUGGGUUACGACUGGCCCCAAUGCGAAUACCAGUAUCUCCAGGCUUAUUCGUUUCUCCCUAUUCGCUCGGAGCCGCUCUACCUGAUCGCCAAGCAUUGGUAUGAAGAGAAAAUGUACGAUGUGGCUUUCCUCUUUGCGUCUCGCGCCUAUCAGAUUCCCUUCCCCACCCAAAUCCGACUCUUUAUCAACCAGGACAUCUACUCUUUCUAG